AUGUCUCCCUUGAAUAUCCUAUUCCCAGUACGGUAUCUAUCUAUCUAUCUAUCUAUCUAUCUAUCUAUCUAUCUAUCUAUCUAUCUGAGUCUGUUCAUUAUCUAUCUAUCUAUCUAUCUAUCUAUCUAUCUAUCUAUCUAUCUAUCUAUCUAUCACAUUUUACUGUUCAUUAUCUAUCUAUCUAUCUAUCAUAUUUUACUGUUCACAGUUUACAUUAACUACCUGUUCAUUAUCUAUCUAUCUAUCUAUCUAUCUAUCUAUCUAUCUAUCUGUGUGUCUACCUAUCUAUCUAUUACAGUUUACAUUAACUACCUUUUCAUUAUCUAUCUAUCUAUCUAUCUAUCUAUCUAUCUAUCUAUCACAUUUUACUGUUCAUUAUCUAUCUAUCUAUCUAUCCAUCUAUCAUAUUUUACUGUUCAUUAUAUAUCUAUCUUUCUAUCUAUCUAUCUGUCUACCUAUCUAUCUAUCACAGUUUACAUUAACUACCUGUUCAUUAUCUAUCUAUCUAUCUAUCUAUCUAUCUAUCUAUCUAUCUAUCUAUCUCAUUCUAUGUACGGUAUCUAUCUAUCUAUCUAUCUAUCUAUCUAUCUAUCUAUCUAUCUAUCUAUCUAUCUAUCUAUCUGUUCUAUUUUUCUGUUCAUAUCUAUCUCAUCCUGUUCCUAUCUAUCUAUCUAUCUAUCUAUCUAUCUAUCUAUCUAUCUAUCUAUCUAUCUUUGUUCAUAUCUAUCUACCUUAUUACGUUCACAUCCCCCUCUUUUUGUCUAUCUAGCUAUUUAUUCUUUUCACAUCUAUCUAUCUAUCUAUCUAUCUAUCUAUCUAUCUAUCUAUCUAUCUAUCUAUCUAUCUCAGUCUGUUCAUAUCUAUCUAUCUAUCUAUCUAUCUAUCUAUCUAUCUACCUUAUUACGUUCACAUCCCCCUCUUUCUCUCUAUCUAGCUAUUUAUUCUUUUCACAUCUAUCUAUCUAUCUAUCUAUCUAUCUAUCUAUCUAUCUAUCUAAUUAUGUUCAUAUCUAUCUAUCUAUCUAUCUAUCUAUCUAUCUAUCUAUCUAUCUAUCUAUCUCAGUCUGUUCAUAUCUAUCUAUCUAUCUAUCUAUCUAUCUAUCUAUCUAUCUAUCUAUCUCAUCCUGUUCAUUAUUUGCAAACACAAUGA